AUGAACGAUCCAAGCACUGACACUGCCACUGGAUUUGCAUAUCUUUUCUCGGGUGAUAUAUCAAUCUUCGCAUUUACACUCCUUACUCCACCGGAUAAGCCGGUCCGGCUGCUCUUCCUUGGAGUGUGGAAGAAGAUGGAACAAGACCAACACCAGAUCACUCAAGUAAACUCCUUCGUCUCCAUCGUCUCUGGAGUCUUUGGGGUAGUGAUCAAGAAUGGGUUAUACCAAGCACUCUCUUCCCAGCUGGAGGCUCCUUUCAGACAAAUCCCAGCCAACAUGCUGGGCUGCUUCCUGGUUGGAUUCUUCACCAACAGCAACACAUCUCUCCAAGUCGUGUUUGACAGUGUAACCAGUCUUGCGUUUUGGAACCAAGCUAUGGCUACCAGCGCUCUCAACGGGAACUGGUUCUUCGCCCUCUCGAGUUUCAUCACAGGUCUCGAGCUCGCUUACAUCUCUUACAAGAUCGGCCUCGACACCGGUCUCAUGUUCCACGACGCAUUUGGAUCGUCCACCGUCGCUCCCGAGAAGAAGAAGAAGAAGAAGAUUUUUGCAGAGCCCAGCAAGUCCGUGGCCGCCACUUCUCUGUGGCUUCUCGUCGCAGUCCUGGCCGUGCUCGAUCACCCAAGAAGAAAACUCUGGCUCGCCUGCCUCGUCGCGCCACUGGGAGCAUGGACAAGGCACGCGCUCUCCGUGAAGCUCAACGAUCAUUGCAAGCUAGAGCUCUUUCCUUUGGGAACUUUGCUCGCUAAUCUCUUAUCCUCGCUCGCCACGCCAGGACUCCUUCUCGUAAAGAUAACGGACCCAGCAGCGAUCGUGCUAGUAGCAACAGUGGACGCUUUCCAGGGAGGAUUCGUAGAUAGCAUGGCUACAAUCUCCACAGUGAUGGCCGAGGCACACUCUCUCCACAAGAACAGCGGCAAAGAUAAAGCCUGGCGAGCAUAUCUUUACGUGCUGUUCACAAUGGUGACUUGUUUUUGCGUGGUGGUGGCGUUAGUGGCGGCCAUCACCUCCAUCCCCACUAAGAGCUUCCCAGCCGUGCCCAACAUCCAGGAAUUCUCAAGCCCAAACGCCACUACUUCAUCACUCUUCCUCGCUUAAGAGCUUCUCUUCACAUAAUAUAGAAGUAGCCAAGUUUAUAUCGGUCAAA